UGAAAAGCUUUUGGCAGUCAAUCUCCUUCGUCUUCUUCAAGAGAGAGAGGAGAACCAUUCUCCAUAUUUUUGUUGCCUCAAGUUAGAAGACAAGAAAAAAAUGGAAGAUAAUCUUCCUCCAGGGUUCAGAUUUCAUCCUACAGACGAGGAGCUCAUAACGCAUUAUCUAGGUCGGAAAGUCUCCGAUACUGGAUUCACCGGUAAAGCUGUCGUCGACGUUGAUCUUAACAAGUGUGAACCUUGGGAUUUGCCAGCCAAGGCUUCAAUGGGAGAGAAAGAGUGGUAUUUUUUUAGCCAAAGGGAUCGGAAAUAUCCAACCGGUUUGAGGACAAACCGGGCAACAGAAGCCGGAUAUUGGAAAACCACCGGAAAAGAUAAAGAGAUAUACCGAAGUGGAGUGUUGGUUGGGAUGAAGAAAACCCUAGUUUUCUACAAAGGAAGAGCUCCCAAAGGUGAGAAAAGCAAUUGGGUUAUGCAUGAGUACAGACUUGAGAGCAAACAACCCUUCAACCCCACAAAUAAGGAGGAAUGGGUUGUAUGUAGGGUUUUCGAAAAGAGCACGGCAACGAAGAAAGCACAAGAACAACAACCUCAAUCUUCACAACCAUCUUUUGGAUCUCCAUGCGAUGCGAAUUCAUCAAUGGCAAAUGAAUUUGAAGAUAUCGAGAUUCCGAAUUUGAAUUCAAACUCAUCAACCAUCGAUUACAAUAAUCAUAUCCAUCAAUAUUCGCAACGCAAUGUUUAUUCAGAAGACAAUACUACAAGAACGGCUGGUGUCAACAUCAACAUGAACAUGGCCAGUACUAAUCUUCCUUCUUGGACAACAAGUCUGCUUGGUCCGCCUUUAUCUCCAAUCAACUCUCUGUUGCUCAAGGCUUUCCAAAUUAGGAACACUUAUGGUUUCCCAAAAGAGAUGAUUCCCAAUUUCAAUCCAUCUCCUCUUCAACAAGGAGGCUCCAGUAUUAUGCAAAAUGGUUCAAGUUCGUCUCACGUGCAACCUCAACCGCAAGAGGAAGCGUUUAAUAUGGACUCCAUAUGGUGAAGGGAUUCAAAUCACGUAUAUUUAAUUUGAAAUUCCCUACUUGUUCUUAUGUAAUCGAUCUCCACCAAUUUUAUCAAUUGUAUCAUUUACACACACAUAGAUCAUUUAUGGGAUCAGUAAAUCAAUUAGUGUAUCUUUUAUGUGAAAGUAGGGAAAAGUCUUCCCAUGCAUGUCUACGUCCUUUUUCUUUAUAGCUAAAAAGGGGAGAAAGAAACGUCUUAUGAUUAGCCUUUGUAUCUUAUUUUAUUUUAUGUAGCUAG